AUGCCGCUGCCGGAGAAGGACUGUGCGGAGCUGCACCCGGACCUGAUCUCCUGCAUCCUCCACAGGCUGGACCAGGCCGAGCUCCUGAUCGGUGGCGUGGCAGGAGUGUGCCGCUCCUGGCGGCACGCCACCCGGGAGGAGCCGGAGCUGUGGCGGUGCAUCGACCUGCGCGGCGGCCUGACCUUUGUCCCGCCAUUCCGCGCCGAGGUCAGCCUCCCCACCAUGGCGUGGGCGGCCCUCCGGUACAGCGCGGGGCAGUGCGAGGACUUUUACGGCGAGCUCGUCAGCGAUGACAUUCUCCUUGUGCUCGCUCAGCGGUAA